GAGAGCAUAAUGGCUACCGCUCAAAAAUCGAAUUGAAGAAAGUCGAAAGAAGUAAAAAUGGCGGCUGCGAGAGUAUCGAAUUGAAGAAAAUCGUAAUCGAAUGGGGCCAAGCUCCGGUACGAUCAACGAGAGAUGGCGUAGUUGAGGAAAUGGGCGUUAAUUUCACAUCACAAAAUUCUAAUUGCAGCUAAAAUACAAUCAUAUAUUGUAUUCAUGAAGAAUGGUCUCAAUCUUCAUGAAUACAAUAUAUAGAAUAUGAUACAUGUGUAAUUUUGUUCAAUAAAAUAAUAGGUAGUCGUAGCCCUCUUCUGGUACUUUUAUGAAGUUUGAAAGAAUCCGAGCCCAGCGCAGCAGCAGCAGACGUAUCAGACUGAGACGUCCAUCAAGGAACAACAGCAGGCACCAGCAAGACGGCUGUCAAAAGUUUAUCUCGUGUACAUUCCGCUGUGGAAGCUUUUUUACAUUAGUCUUCCACAAAUUUAAAGUUUUCAAGAUUGCCGAUUAGUUAGAAAAAUGUUGACUGCAGCAGCAAGUACAUUGUCUAACAAUACGGGCGGGUCUUAUAGUAAUGAUAAGCCCUCCGAACCAGAACUUGGCACAGAUCCGGCUUCUGGCGGAUUCUUUCACUCGGACUAUAAAAAGCAUGACGAUUUGAAACAAAUGCUAGAUAGCAACAAGGAUGGUUUGAAAUUGGAGGCAAUGAAACGCAUUAUAGGGAUGGUUGCAAAAGGAAGAGAUGCAUCCGAUCUAUUUCCAGCAGUAGUGAAGAAUGUAGUAUCAAAAAAUAUAGAAGUGAAAAAACUCGUGUACGUAUAUUUAGUUCGAUACGCUGAAGAUCAGCAAGAUUUGGCACUCCUUUCGAUUUCAACAUUUCAAAGAGCUCUGAAAGAUCCUAAUCAAUUAAUAAGAGCGAGUGCAUUGAGAGUUUUAUCCAGCAUAAGAGUACCAAUGAUUGUUCCUAUUGUGAUGCUGGCGAUAAAAGACUCUGCAAGUGAUAUGUCACCGUACGUUAGAAAAACAGCAGCACAUGCCAUUCCGAAAUUAUAUUCACUUGAUUCAGAGCAGAAGGACGAGUUAAUCAGUGUUAUUGAAAAAUUAUUAUCGGACAAAACGACACUAGUAGUGGGCUCAGCUGUGAUGGCCUUCGAAGAAGUUUGCCCAGGGAGAAUUGAUUUGAUUCAUAAGAAUUAUCGUAAACUGUGUAAUUUGUUAGUGGAUGUUGAUGAGUGGGGUCAAGUGGUGAUUGUUAAUAUGCUAACGAGAUAUGCAAGAACACAAUUCGUUAACCCCAAUGCUGAUGAAUUCGAGGAGAACGAAGAUAAGCCAUUUUACGAAUCAGAUUCUGAAGAAUCCUUUAAUGGCGCUCCUAAAAAAACUAAAUUUUCCCUUGAUACUGAUCAUCGAUUGUUGUUACGAAAUACCAAGCCACUAUUGCAAAGUCGUAACGCAUCAGUCGUAAUGAGUGUUGCACAACUAUACCACCAUGUGGCUCCUCGAACUGAAGUUAUGAUUGCCGCCAAAGCUUUAAUACGGCUUUUAAGAAAUCAUCGAGAAGUACAGAGUAUCGUCCUCCACUGCAUUGCUAGCAUAUCAAUCUCGAGGAAAGGAAUGUUCGAGCCUUUUCUCAAGUCCUUUUUCGUCAGGACUUCUGAUCCUACUCAUAUUAAACUUUUAAAGCUUGAUAUUCUUACGAAUUUAGCCACUGAAACGAGUAUUGGGGUGAUUUUGAGGGAGUUCCAAACGUAUAUAUCGAGCAGUGACAAGGAAUUCGUUGGUGCUAGCAUUCAGGCCAUCGGACGCUGUGCUAGUAAUAUCAAGGAAGUUACGGACACUUGUCUGAGUGGAUUAGUUUCUCUAUUGAGCAACCGUGAUGAAGUGGUGGUGGCCGAGAGUGUAGUCGUAAUAAAGAAGCUGUUACAGACUCAGCCCAAUGAGCACAAAGAGAUAAUAGUCCAUAUGGCGAAAUUAAUGGAUUUUAUCACCGUUCCACAGGCGCGUGCCUCCAUUCUCUGGCUUCUCGGUGAAUACUCAGAUAGAGUGCCAAAAAUUGCCCCCGAUGUUCUCCGUAAAAUGGCAAAAAGCUUUGUAAAUGAGAAAGACAUCGUAAAACUUCAAACUCUUAAUCUUGCUGUAAAACUGUGCCUCAAUAAUCCUGAACAAACGAAACUGUUCUGUCAUUAUGUAUUCCAACUAGCCAAGUACGAUCAAAAUUAUGAUAUCAGGGACAGAGCUAGGUUCUUACGCGCGUUUAUACUUGAGGAGGAAGUUAAUGCUGCUGAUAAAAAACUUGCAGAGUACGCGAAAAAAAUUUUCUUCGCACCAAAACCAGCGCCAACAUUGACAUCAAGAGUUAAAGGUUCUCAGUAUCAAUUGGGAACACUCUCUCACUACUUGGAUAUGCCUUGUACAGGCUAUAAACAUUUGUCAGAUUACCCAGAAACCGCUCCAGAUCCAUCAGUGCGCGAUGUAGCAGAGCCGAUUCUAAUCCAGCGACCCAGAGAAAAACGUCAUGGGCGAAAAGAGAAGAGAGAAAAGAAAAUUAAAGAAAACACUUUCUACAGUGAUGAAGAGAGUUCUCCAACUGGAUCAAAAGCAUCCUCUGAAACUACUUCGAGUAGUUCCUCAGAGGAUUCAGACUCGGAUUCUUCAGAGUACAGCUCAGACUCGGAAAAAUCGGAGAGCGAGUCGGCAAGAAAAGGCAAUGUCCAGUCUCAAUCAUCUGAGAGCGAAUCAGGUAGUGACUCUGGAGAUUCUGGGGAAACUGAGUCCUCUGAGAGUGAAGUGGAAAUAAAGAAGCAACCUAAGUCCGAAAAGUAUAUGGAUAAUGUUAAGAAAGAGAUAAUCAAAGAAAAAACGAAAAAUAAUUUAGAUUUACUUCUGGAACUUGAUGAUAUUGUGCCCAUGACACCCGUGAUGACUCCGAGUCUUGGAGGCUUCCUGACUCCGAUGAAUCUUACAUUAGGCAAUGUUAGUGGAAUCAGAGAGGUUUCAGCUACUUUCGUACCAGUCGCAAGAACAGAAAUAGUGAAUAAAAUUACAGGGAAGGGCUUGCAAGUAGAUUCGAGAUUUACUCGAUCCCAACAUCUUGCUAGCUCAAAUCUCACCACUAUUGAGUUGAUUUUCACCAAUAGUGGUAAUGAUACCAUCAAAAACGUUCAUAUUCAAAAUAAAACUUUAUCUUCUGGAAUGUCCAUUCAUGACUUUUCGGCUGUCGCCAUGCUGCAACCUAAUACGAAUUUCUCUUCUGUACUUGGAGUAAAUUUCAAUGAUUCUAUGCAGCCUGCAAACUUCAAUAUUGAAUUUACCAUAGGUGCUGAAACUCAUUCAGUUCCUGUCAGUCUGAAGGCACCAAUUGGAGAAAUGAUUAGGGCUGUGCAAUUGCCAGAAAGUAUGUUUGUAACUGAGAAAGAAAAGUUAAAGGGGAUGAAUGAACAUACAUCCAAAAUCAAGUUUUCGGGGACGAAAAAGGAUCUGUUACAGAAAGUUUAUGAGUCCGCCAAUCUUUCUAUGAUUUCAAAUGAAAAUGACACAAUGAGAUUCGCUGGUAACACCUUGACAUCUAAAUCUCUGACUUUAGUGACAAUAAAAUUCCUGGAUUGUCACGAAUUGGAGAUAUGCAUCAACUGUGAAAAAAUGGUCAUAGGUUCAAUGCUGUUGAACGAAAUCAAGAAUUAUUUGCUACAAUAAAGAUGUAUUUGACAACUUUUUCAACGAUUUGUGUUUUCUAAGACUUGUAAGAUUGAGUAUGGAAUGUAUUCGUUAUAAAGAAAUG